AAACGUGCGCAGUACCACCGAACAACUACAUACUACUGAAUUACGUGUGAACGUGAUGGAUUGCGGUGAUUACGAUAACAUGAUUUACAGUACCCAACAUUAAUGACAAAUUCUUUUGUUAUUUGUGCGUUUUAGAAUUUUUAUUUUUUAAGGAGUUUUCGAAAUUCGAAAGGCUUGGUGCGAACUGUGCAUAUAUUAUUAUUAAUAUAAAUAUUGUCUCUAUGACUAUUGGCGGUCUCAUACUAUAAAAACAUGAAUGAAAAAGGCAUAAUCAGUUUAAGUUUCAAUCAAGAUCGUACUUGUUUCGCCUGUUGCACUGAAACUGGCUUAAGAAUUUACAAUGUUGAACCUGUAUCACCAAGAGAAAAGUUUGAUUUUGGCGGUGUAUCGAAAUGUGAGAUGCUCAAUCGAACAAAUCUUUUUGCCAUAAUUGCUGGUGGAAAAUACCCAAAAUAUUCUCAGAACACUGUACUGAUCUAUGAUGCUUUGUUGCAAAAAUUUGUGAUGGAAAUUACUUGUGCUUCCAGUGUAAAAUCUGUAAGAAUGAGGAGAAAUAAAAUAAUAGUUGUAACUAUGGACAAGAUAUCUGUUUUUACAUUUCCUUCAGUUGUUAAACACAUAAUCAAUUUGGAAACUCGUCCAAACCCGAUGGGGUUGUGUGAAAUCACUCCUUUAGAAACAUCUACAAAGCAAAUUAUUGCAUAUCCUGGAAAUAAAAUUGGUAGCAUUCAUAUUAUGGAUGUUUCAAAUUUAGAAGCAACAAGUUCUAGCGCUCCGGCAAUACUCAAUGCUCAUCAGGGAGAGAUUUCAUGUUUGGCUAUUAAUCCACUUGGUACACUUAUAGCUAGUGCAAGUUCCAAAGGAACCUUAAUCAGAAUCUGGGAUACUUCUCAUAAAGUCAAAGUUGCUGAAUUAAGACGUGGGUCAGAUACAGCAACAUUAUAUUGCAUAAACUUCAGUCCUAAUUCAGAAUUUUUAUGCUGCUCAAGUGACAAGGGCACAAUUCAUAUAUUUGCAGUGAUAGAAUCUGACUUAAAUCGCCGAUCUAGUCUAUCACCAUUUAGUUUUUUCAGUUCUUACUGUCAAUCACAGUGGGCUUUGGCUACUUUUACAGUACCUCCAGAAGUGGGCUGUAUUUGUACUUUUUUGACUCAAGAUACUGUUGCUGCUAUUUGUCUUGACGGUACUUAUCACAAGUUUGGAUUUUCUAAAGACGGUACUAGCAGACGUAGAGCGUUCCAAAUAUAUUUACACAAUUGUGAAGAUGAAGAGAUUUAAAUUUUUUUUUUUUUUACUUGGAAUUUUCUAUUAUAUUAAUCUAUGUACCAUAAGUUGCUCCUAAUUAGUUUUAAAAUAAAUUUAUGUG